CGGGGUUAGCAGAUUAGACAAAUAAACAUGGAAUCCAUCUUUCACGAGAAACAAGAGGGCUCUCUAUGUGCCCAGCACUGUCUCAAUAACCUGCUACAAGGCGAGUAUUUCAGUCCAGUAGAAUUAUCGUCUAUUGCAAUGCAACUAGAUGAGCAAGAGCGAAUGAGAAUGGCAGAAGGAGGCCUGACAAGUGAGGAAUAUAGGAUUUUUAUACAACAGCCGUCUGGAAAUAUGGAUGAUAGUGGAUUCUUUUCUAUUCAGGUUAUAAGCGAUGCUUUGAGUGUUUGGGGAUUAGAACUUAUUCUUUUCAAUAGUCAAGAGUACCGGAGCCUUGGGAUCAAUCCUAUAGAUGAGAAGGCAUUUAUUUGUAAUUAUAAAGAACACUGGUUCACUGUAAGAAAAUUAGGAAAACAGUGGUUUAAUUUGAAUUCAUUGUUGACGGGUCCAGAGUUAAUAUCAGACACAUACCUUGCACUAUUCCUGGCUCAGUUACAGCAGGAAGGUUACUCCAUAUUUGUUAUUAAGGGUGACCUCCCUGAUUGUGAAGCUGACCAGCUACUACAGAUGGUUUACGUACAUCAAGCACAGAGACCAAUGCUUAUAGGAGAGGACGCAGCAGCAAGGGACUUAAGGGUACAAAGAAGUGAGGCUAGUUUGGAAGGGGACAGAUUAUAUGAAGCACCAGUUAUGAUGGACGAAGAUGAGGAGAAUCUCCAGAAAGCACUUGCGCUUAGUCGACAACAAAUUGACAUGGAAGAUGAAGAAGCAGAUUUACGUAGAGCAAUUCAGCUUAGUAUGCAAGGUGGUCAUCGUAGUGAAUUUACAGAGUUACAAUCGCCUAAUAUUCCACAGUCCUCGGGGGCAAGUGUGCCUGCAUCUCUUUCAUCAGAGGAACUACGACUGAGAAGACAGCUAUAUUUUGAGAAGCAGCAACAGUUAAAGACUGAGCAGACCCCACAAACUCAUGAUGCAACUCCAGAUGCACUAAAUGCUGAUUCAGGUAAAUAUUUUUUUUGUAUGAUUUUUCAAAUUAUUAUUCAUAGGAUUAUUUUUAAAAGAAAUUCCAUAAAAGAUUGUAGAGUUUAUAUCAAUCAUUUGCCCACCAUUACAUCAUGGCAUGUAUCUUUGUUAGCAGUUGCUGACUGACCACCAGGUACUUUAACACCACCAUGUACUGUUCACUACCUCACACCCCAAGCAUUUUCCUAAGCUUAUGUUCUGUUAUUACACGGAAGCACAGGCACUCUCCAAAAUGUAUGUCUUGUCAAGUUUGUAAACUGCUACGCACACACAUGCAUCU